AUGGAAUCCCGCGGAGAUGCUGCGAAUGUGAACUCGAGCCGCCGGCUAGCUAUCCCUCGCCGGUCUUGCGACCAAUGUCGGUCUCGAAAGGUCGGGUGUGACAGGGGUUCGCCAUGCUCGAACUGUGUCUCGGCGAAGCUAGCUUGCACCUUUGGUGUUGUCACCCCAAAGACCACAGCUGCGAAACAAAGGGUGCUGAUAUCAGCGCAAUAUGAACAGAAAAUCGACGACAUUGCAGAAGGACUCGAGUCAAUUAAAGCCUUGCUGCAAAACUCACAUAUUCCAAUCAGCCAGGAAUGGGACAAUACUACGCCACACGUGCCGGAACUUCGUAAACUUGCAUACCUAACACCUAAGGAUUGUGAGAUAAACCCAUCAAAAGAGCCCGCAGAAUGGGAUCACCCGACUCAGGUCAACGACUUUGUCAAGACCGUCGUCGAGCACAGAGCUCUUCAAGAAGGUUCAGGGGCAGAGGAAAGCCACGUCCUUGCCUCUCUGAGAGGGCUUGCGCGUGCUCUAGAAGAAUCAAAUGCAAUUCGUGACUUGUCGUUCCCGGGGGUUAAAGAUGUGAAAAUACAGGAUCGUCGUUCGAUGCCUCCCAUUGAGGUCGCUGUAUUUGCGCUAAGGUGGGCAAAAGAGCAUAAAAUGUUCUUUAGAAUAGAUUCACUCUCCCGUAUCCUUCCUCUCCAAAGAUUCACGGAUAUUUGCCAGAAGGUGUACUUCGCAGUCGAAGACUACUCCCAAUUUGACUUCAUACUCGCCAACUGCUAUUUAUCCUACGUUUUCUCCGAGUAUAACACUUUGACCGGCAAAGAUAAAUACAGAGACUAUUAUAGACAAUGCCGUUUGAACGCGCAAUUCGCUCUCUCUCAGCUUCCGCUUCUGCUCCCGGCAACUACGGAAGCUGUAGCGACACUUACAUUCGGAGCAUCCUACGCCAUUGAAAGCUCCAGAGCCACGCUCGCCUGGACAUAUAUCUCAAGUGCAGCAAACCUCUGCCAAACAUUAAGGCUCCACCGUCUACCCAACUCAGACCAAAGCGGUAGCUCGCAGGAUUCCCAAGCGAGUCUCUUUUGGCUAGUUUUCCUCCUUGAGAAAAGUCUCGCACUCCGCCUCGGGCGGCCAUCAAUCUUACGGGACUCCGAGAUCACAACCCCUUUACCGAGCCAAGAGAACAUGAAACGAUGUUCCCAGACCUCGAUAAUCCAGGGGAAGAUCUACGAUGAAUUAUACAGUCCGCCCGGAUUGGCCAGGCCCGAAAGCGAGCGCGGCGCGAUCGCGCAGAUAUUAGCGACGGAGCUACGCGGGCUCAUCGACGAAAAUAAGCUCGUUCUUCAAGUACGGACCGAGCAGGACAAGAUGCGCGAUGUGUAUUUCAAGAUUGAGCUCGUCAAGCAGCUCUCGCUUCUUACGCUCGUCCUGCGCGCGGUUCCCGCACCGCCGGGCGCAUCUACUAGUAUCACGGAGGCGUGUGCGGCAACUGCUCUCGAGGCCCUGGACAUGCACCAGGAAUGUAUGGCGGCCAUCGAAGCCAACAAGAACGACCGGUUCAUGACGGAUCGAUAUCUCCAUUGGGGGAUCCUCCACACUCCAUUCGUGCCAUUCAGUGUCCUGUUCACGCGCAUCGUUCAGCUGUCUGAUAGCGCCGACCUGUUCUACCUGGAUCGCUUCGCAGGGUCAUUAUAUUUCGGAGAGUCUUCAGCGGGGUCUGUCACGCACCCUUAUCGACUAUACAAGUUACUAUGCGAGGCUGCGCGUCUUUAUAUAAAACAGGAUCCUCCUUCAGUCUCUUAUGAGACAGACAUGAGUUUCGUCGACCCCUGGGGUGUGUUCGAUUUUGCGUCGUUGGGAAUGGAGGCUAAUAAUGGAGCGGAUAACUCCGGACUAGAUUCGAAUCUCAACGGGGAUUUGAGUCUUUGGUUCUAUGGAAAUCAGCAGCUUAUGGGAUUACUCGACGAUGACGUAAUGUUUUAG